AUGUCGGAGGCCAUGGCCAUGAACCUUCUGGAAGACUGGUGUCGGGGGAUGGAAGUGGACAUCCACAGGUCCCUGUUGGUCACGGGCAUCCCGGAGGACUGUGGCCAAGCGGAAAUUGAGGAGACCUUGAACGCGGUCCUCGCCCCCCUCGGCCCCUACCGUGUGCUCAACAAGAUGUUUUUGCGGGAGGAGAAUGCCAAGGCCGCCCUCCUCGAGGUCGGCGAGGGCUUGAACCUGAGCACCAUCCCGCGGGAGUUCCCAGGCCGGGGCGGUCCCUGGAGGGUGGUCUGUAGAGACCCCACCCAAGAUGCAGAGUUUCUGAAGAAUCUCCAUGAAUUCCUGGAGGCCGAGGGGCGUACCUGGGAGGAUGUGGUCCACCUGCUGCAGCUCAGCCAGCCGCCGCGGCCCCAGAACCAGGGUCGGCCCUCGGACAGCUGGGCGGAGGCUUUGGGCGUGCUGCUGGGGGCGGUCGUGCAGGUCAUCUUCUGCAUGGACGCCGAGACCUGCAGCUGGGACGAAGCCAGAGCUCAGGAGGUGGCGGAGGAGGCGGUGGCCUGGGCCGGCACAGCAGGGAAGAGGGUGAAGAAGGAGCCCGGAUUUGCUGCCGAGGUGGGCUCUGCCCUGAAGGUGGAGGGUGCCGGUGGUGCCUGGCCAGAGCUGGAAGACCAGGGGGACCCCCCGAAGCCCCUGGUCCGCAGGGCCGGAGCCGCGUCUCGCUCCAAGAGAAAGAAGCAGAAGAACCCCAAACGGGAGCCAGCACCCUGGAAACAACCCAGAGGCAUCCACGGAUCCAGCCAGGCGGCCCUGGAGGCGGAGGCCAGGGCUGGCGAGGCGGAAGGCAUGGAGGUCUCGGGGUCGGGCAGGAGCCCCCCGAAGCCCCCCGUGAAGCAGGAGGAGUCGGCCGGGAAGCAGGUGCCCGGGGACCCAGCCGUGGACUCCGGGAGCCCCCCAGCCACCUGUGAGUCAGACCAAGACGGGAGUCAGGAGACGCCCCCCAGGAAGAAGGAGGUGAGCCUGGGCCCCGGCUCUUACGUCCUGGUGGGUUCCGAAGACGCCCAGAAGAAGCCGGCGACUCCCAAGAAAGGAACGGUCCCCAGGAGGGAGGCGCCGGCCCCCAGGAGCCCGCAGCCCGCAGAGCCGCCCGCCUCCACGUCCAGGGCUCCCACGGCCAGGCCGGGAGGCGCUCCCCAUGCCUCUGCUGAUUUCAGUAAGCUUUGAUCUAGGAGCACCUGGUGGCGGAGGAGUUGAAGGUGGGCCUGGAAGGAGCCCCAAGGCCGGAGCAGCGACUUCUCUUGUCGUGGGCUCAGGCCAGACUCGGGACUCUUAGGGACCAGUUUGUGGGUGUCUGGCCCCCGGAGGUAAAUGGCCCAGGAGUCCUGGGCAGGAGGGAUGGGGCAGGCGACUCCCUCUGCCUCUUUCUCCCCCAGG